AUGGCAUCCAAUGAUGAUAAUCUUGAUCGAACUGAUUCCGAAUGUGAUUUAUUUGAUAUAUUACAUAUUAGUAGACAUGCCGAUACAACCACGAUUCAACAAGCUUUUCGUCGAUUAACACUUCUUUAUCAUCCUGAUAAACAUCGAGAUGCACGUAAUGAACAAUUAGCUAUGCAUUUAUUUAUUCAAGUUAAAAGUGCUUAUGAUAUUUUGAAUGAUCCACAAAAACGUGCUAUUUACGAUGUUAUUGGAAUGAAAGGUUUAAAAAUCGAAGGAUGGGAAGCAUCUGUACAUGCAACAAUAAAUUUAGCUGAUGUAUUUAUUAGUGAUGUGUUACCAAAAAUCGAAACAACAGAUUUUAGUGUUGAACAAGGUAUUGAUAUUCCAUUAACAAGUCAAGAUAAUACAGCAACAAUAAAUGCUAGUGUAACAACACGUAAUGGACGUGGUAUAGGAACAUUAACAACUUCAUUUCGACGUAUUUCUUCAGAUUUAUCUUGGUUUCGUCUAAGAAAAUUUUAUUAA